GUCGUGGUAACAUUGAAAAUCCUGCUUUACCUGGGAUGCAUGGACGAUCGAUAUACCUACCUAUCUUUGAAGUAUGUAAUCGUGCAAGCUGUACGUGUUUAUGGAUGUUUCAAUAGUUGACAGCUGUCAGUCGCACAUAGGUUGGUAGUGAGUCACGGCAUUGGCAGUGGAACUAGGUGAAGAACACUCACCCCGACAGGUGACUAAUACCGUAGGAAUUGCUGUGUCUUUUCUGUUCAAGUUCUGUUAUCAUCUUAUUGCGCACGCAUUUGCUCGUAGUUAAUAGCGGUUCAUACCUUGUGACUUUCCUUUAGACAAAUCUAUCCAAGCACUCGCUUUUUGGCCUUCCAAUUUUGUGCUGGUCCAACAUAGGUAUUGCGCAUCAUCACCUUUUUGUUCAGAUGUCCAGGUAUUUUUUCGAUAUUACCGGCAUGGCGUCUAGCUCCGUCAGCCAGGAGGAUUUUGACAAUGACUUUGAACUUACAUCCAGGAGGUCCAGGAUCAGGACUGCUAGAGCACGUGUUGUUCCACCCAGGACAGGAGAUUCUUCUUCUAUAAAUUUUCAAAAGAGUGGACAGAAUGUGGAAGAAUCUCAAGGAGUAUGCGACACCAGUUCUAACAGUGUGCUUCCACCUGACCACGAGAAUCAGCAGAAUAAGCCUAUAAUGAGGAAGCAGGACAAGCGGGUAACGGGACGUGUCUAUAGUGUCGUAUCCUGUUUGCACAGGCCAACACAUAUAAACAAGGGCAAACAGCAACGGGAUCGACGGAAACUUAGAGAAAAGAGACGAAGUACAGGAGUGGUACAUUUGCCAUCAACGGAGAGUACAGGAGGUAGUACAGGAGAGGAUGAGGAAGAUCUUAGUGGCACUUGUCUUGAAACUAAACACAACACACAUCACAAUGAGUUCCUUGAUCAUGAACUCAUAGAAGAACGGACAGCAAAAAUCUUUACACAAAGGCGAAACAAAAGGCAUUACCGUACUUCCUACAGGUCAUGUAUAAAUAGGCACAUUUGCCAUUCCGAUUUGGAAGCAGAUGACGAAGAAUUUGAUUCCUUAAAUCAAUCUGACAGUGUCAAUCAAUCAGAUCAUGGAAAUCAUGAACCGCAAACGUCUGUCAACGCCGCCAAUAAACCAAGACUGCCUACGCCAACUGGAGACAAUCCGCAUGAAUUGAUUGAACGGGCACAAGAAGAAAAUAGAAGGCUACUGUCCCUUCUAGAGGAUCGGGAUCACAAGAUAAUGGCUCUCGAGGCCCGUCUUCUUCAGCAGCAGCACGAAAUGGCUAUAGAACGAGAACGGCUUCGAGAGGAAAAUGCAGCGUUAAUUCGUGCUAUGGCAGCACUAGCGAGUAAUUAACUUUCCUUUAUACAAGACAGUCUGAUCUAUCAGUUUUUAUUGAAUCGAUUUUAGAAAACAUGGGUCAGAGGUUUAAAAUGCUAUACGCAGAUAUAUAUACUAAUAGUUUAUAAUUACUUGUGAAUUUACUUGUUAAUAAUAGCUGAGAGAGAUAGCGAAACAAUUUAAAAAUAAAAAAAUACAAUUAAUAAUCAUUUAAGCUGCAAGAGAAUCAGGGUAAGUUACGCGGUAAACAUUACAGCCAAUUGUAUUGCUAUUUUGCAACAAGCAAUAGAUCAUGAUAUAGACAUACAAAAAUAAUCAUCUUUUAUCGGCUUCAACUAUAGAGCUUCAAUUACAUGAAUUCAAUUGCGUAGCGUAAAGAAUCAUUGUUUUGCGCCUUUCAUUAGUCGAAAUCUAAUUUCGAGGAAUAAAUUCUGGUAAAUAUCUUUUUCUAAGAAAAGAGGUGCUCCAGUUUGUUAUAUCGUUGUUGUUAGACAAGAAAGUGAAUAAGGCAUACAUUGAUGUAAAUUUAUGCUUAACGUGAUUUGAAACAUUUUUUAAUACUGUCUUGCGUUGCAAGGGUUGCAACUGCAAACUAUCGUCGCUGUUUUAUACUCUAAUUACACGUGAAUUAUAAGAUAGGUCGGUGAAGGGCAGAUCAAGUGGCCGCUGAAGAGCUUACGGUGGAUGUGGUGCAACGAUAAGAUAUCAGAGAUCCAUAGAGAUCUCUAAUUUACAAAUUUAUGAAUCUUGAAAUUUAUAAAUUUUAAUUUUUCAAAUUUCUGCCCACGAGUUCUUUGAUGAGCACUUGAGCUGCUCAUGACUGGGGUAGGCCAACCACUUUAUGGAAGUGAUCAACGUCGCCCGAAACCUCGACUGUGCCAAUGAUUUUGUUGCACAAAUUUAGGAGCAUCGUCCGAUUAAACAUUCGAGGUUGGUUAGACAGUAAAUGCAGGGAAAAUCAACAUCACAGACGAGAUUCUGUGCGCGAUAUUGUCACUGUGUGGUCGAUACAACCUUCGGAUCCCGAAAGGCGGAUAUAAGUGACUGAAUCCAUACUGAUUUAUAUACUUAGACUUCAGGUUAUAUUUUUCUGUUCAAUGUCAUUAUUUUAUAUUAUAUUUAUACUAUCUUGAAAAAAUAUUGUUAGUAAGUAUGAUAAAUAUGGGAAACGUGUUUGCAAAUUAUAAAUAAAAUAAUAUUUACUAUAUAUUCUGUUGAACUAGUACAUAAUAUUGUAAAUUUAUGUUCAGCAUGAAUGUUGCAAAUAUUUUAUACCGAUCGAUGAGGAGUGAAUAAGGAUAUUCACAAUUUCUAUGCCUAAGGAGUACUUAUAUUUUAAAAAAGAACACUAUUGUAUAGAGGAUAUUUCAAAAAGUUGUACAAUCUGAAAAUCGUAGAUUCUCCAUAUCAAAAUAGAUUGAUGUCUAUUAUCACUUUUACAAAAUGUGAUUUCAUUUUCGAAGGUAUUAGCGACUGAAAACUGGAUAUUUUGAGUUUGAAUUGCUCACAGAAGACGCGUAUCCAAUUUUUAAGCGCAACUAAUACUACCAAGAAUAUCUUACAUAUUAUUGUUUAAAACAUUCCUCAUUUGAUAGAAUUCGAAUUUAUUCUGUUGGUUUUAUGUUUAGUUAUCAACAUAAAAGUGGAGUGAAACUGAUUUGUACUGAAGUUAUACGAGUUUGAACGAGAUCGAAUGCAUUUUUUUGUUCAUGCCGCGAAGUGAGACUCGACUGUUUAUUUUCAUUUUAUUUGUUUCUAUUCCCUACAACUGUAUAAGAGUGAGAUGCGAGAGAAAUUGUGCUAAACUCAGCAAUUUUUAAAUUCUUUUCCAUGCAAUGCUUUUAAUAAAUAAAGAAAACUGUUUUUAUAAUGUA